AGGACAACGCUUUGAUUCGGUUAGGUUAAUUUCAUUUACUCAAUCUAAAUUCGGAUUCAAUUAAUGUUAGAAUUGUAUUAACCUUCCUUAAAUUUGGUGGUGGAAAAUUCAAGCCUAGCGUGAUAUUCUUUAGUUUAACCAUGAAAUCCUGAAGCAGCGCGCUGAGCUUUCUUGAGUUACAAGCAAUGGCAUUUUGUUAAGACGAGGAACUUAGGUCAUUGAAACUGCAUUUGCUUUGAAAGCUUCAUUCGAAAAGUCAAUAUGGAUCGAAUGAGGCCGGUGUAUGUUAGGCAGAAGAGCAAUUCCAGUGGCACGCCGGGACCGCCAGGUUCGCCGUCGAUGGCCUCUCCAAUAAUGCAUCACCAUUCAAGGUCGGGGUCCCUUGGAUUGAGUGGUGGCAAGAAAGCACAGAACACCAAAGCCGCGGCACAAAGGCUUGCACAUGUCAUGGCACACAAACCCACAGAUGACGACGAUGAGGAUGAAGACGACCUCUCUAUUGAUAUCGGCUUGUCAAGCGGCACCGGGAGCAUCGGACUUGCCGGUGUUGGAAGACCAAUUCGGCCUCGCUCGCCGGGGAUAAAUUCAGUUCGUACUAUUCAAGAGCCACCUUCAUCUGCAAGGCCAAUAGCACCAGGUGGUCGAUCAGCUUUAUCUGUCAAGACUGCCCGCUCUGUGGAACCACAACCAUCAUCAACUCAUUCAACGCCUGCUACGCGACCAUUUCAGUCCAUCAACUCUGUGGAACCACCACCUUCAGCUCAUUCAACACCAGCAAGCCGGCCAUCUCAGUCCAUAAACAAUAGAUCAAUCAACACUCUUGAACAAUCACCGUAUUCCUUUCGUUCUUCAAUGAAUAAUAGAUCAUCUCAGCCUUCCAGCAAUGUUGAACAACCUGGUUCUGCUCGUUCUAUGUCAGGCAUUAGCUCUACUGAACAACCCCAGUCUCUUCGUCCUUCAUUAGCUACACGAUCAUCUCAGAGUACUAGUACCAAUGAGCAACCAAACUCUGCUCGUUCUAUGGCAGCGGCAGCAGCACGUCCACAGUUAGGGACCAAGCCAGUCCACAUGGUACCGGCUAGUGUACCUAUAUCACUUAGGCCGUCCCCUUCUGCAGAUACUCCCUCUGAGAGUAGGAGAGAUCCGCCAGUACCUAUAUUAUUAAGGCCACCCUCUUCUGCAAUGCUAUAUUCUGAAGGUUCAGGUGAAAGUCGGAGAGAGAGAAGCAGGUUGUCUAUGGAUUUAGGAAAUCUGAACCUAAGAGACAGUGGAUCUCAGAAUUCUUCUGCUUUACAAGAUGAGCUUGAUAUGCUACAGGAAGAAAAUGAAAGUUUACUUGAAAAGCUUCGACUUGCAGAAGAGAAGUGUGAGGAAACAGAGGCAAGAGCUCGGCAGCUUGAGAAACAGGUUGCUACUCUUGGAGAAGGUGUAACGUUGGAAGCACGUCUUCUAAGCAGAAAGGAGGCAGCACUGCAGCAAAGGGAGGCUGCUUUGAGAGUGGCUGCACAAACUCAUGAUGAUAGAAAUGAUGAAGCUGAGUCCGAACUGCAAACAAUUAGGAUUAUGACUCAGAGAAUGAUACUGACUCGUGAAGAGAAGGAAGACGUUGUUUUGAAGAGAUCCUGGCUUGCUCGGUACUGGAGUUUAUGUGUUGAACAUGGUAUACAUGCUGAGAUUGCUACAGCACGAUUUGAAUUCUGGUCAACUCUUACUCCUGCUCCUGUUGAAGCUGUACUAGAAGCUGGAAAGAAAGCGAGAGAGCAGACAGCUGAGGAGAACAACGAUCUAUAUGAAAGAGAGCAUAGUCCAAGGGACUUGAAUGAACUCUCGGGAGAGGGAAAUAUUGAGAACAUGCUUUUAGUGGAGCAAGGUCUGCGUGAACUAGCAUUAUUGAAGGUAGAGGAUGCAGUGGCACUUGCAAUGGCUCAACAUCGACACCGCAAUUCAAAAUCUGGUUCAGAGGUAAAGCAAUCAGCUGAUGGACAGUCCGAGGGUUAUGAAUUGAGCAAAGAGGAGUCUGAUGAUGUGUUCUUCAAGCAGGCUUGGCUUACAUACUUCUGGAGAAGAGCGAAAAAUUAUGGUCUGGAAGCAGAUAUAGUAGAUGAUCGUUUGCAAUUCUGGAUGAACCGCAACGCCAAGCCACCCACCUCACAUGAUGCAGUUGAUGUUGAACGUGGUCUCAGUGAGCUUAGGAAGUUGGGAAUUGAAAUCCAACUAUGGAAAAAAUCGCGCAAAGGGCUUGAGCUUGAUUCGAUCCCUAUAACACGGCAGUCUGACUUCUGAUACGAAACUGAGCUUACUGGAACUUGCUGCAUCUUUUCUUGUGAGCAAGAUAUCAAUGUGUACAACGUUUAUAGUUUAUACACCUUCAUGUAAUGUAGCAGUUGGACUUGUCAUUACACAAAUUGAUCCUUUUUAUCUGGUUGAGUGAGAAGAAAGGAAUUUAAACAGAAUGGGAAUGAAUAUGGUGUACUUAGUAAUUCCACCUUGUAACCCGCUUUUGUAAAUGAACCACUGAGCUCCAAACUGAUGGAAAUGAAGGGGGGUGUAUUGUAUUUGGAUUUGUGCAGACUUUUUUUAAAUGACAGACUUUUUGAAA